GUUUGGCCCAGCCCAGCUAUACCCUAGCGGAGUCGCUCGGGUCCAUAAUAUAAGGCCUCGUCCGCAAGGCUCUAGGGUUUCUCCACAGCCGUCAUUCGCUUCGAGCACGCCCCGGAGAGGUAAGUUCUUGGGGUUGUACUGAGAAGCUCCAAUGGCUCCCAAAGUUGCUGUUGCCAAGAAGGGCGAUGCCAAGGCUCAAGCUGCGAAGGUUGCCAAGGCUGUUAAGUCAGGGUCAAUCAAGAAGAAAGUAAAGAAGAUCCGCACAUCUGUGACAUUUCACCGCCCCAGGACUCUCAAGAAGGCCAGGGACCCAAAGUACCCAAGAAUCAGUACACCUGGAAGGAACAAGCUUGAUCAGUACCAAAUCCUCAAGUAUCCUCUUACCACUGAAUCUGCAAUGAAGAAAAUUGAAGACAACAACACUCUGGUCUUCAUUGUUGACCUCAAGGCAGACAAGAAGAAGAUCAAGGCUGCCGUCAAGAAGAUGUACGAUAUUCAGGCCAAGAAGGUUAACACCCUGAUCAGGCCUGAUGGCAAGAAGAAGGCGUACGUGAAGCUGACAGCGGACUACGAUGCUCUUGACGUGGCCAACAAAAUUGGCAUCAUCUAAGUCCAGAGAGGCCUGCUGUUGGCACUCGUGUCCUGGUUUCUUAUGUUAUCAGAGUUUUGUAGCUGUUAUUUAGCGAAGAGUGUCAGUGUCUAUGUCUCCAAUGCCUCCAUAUCUUUGCACACUAACAUGAAUUUGAUGCAGUCAAGUUACUUAUGUUUGAGCUUUGCAUUUGAUUAUGCCA